GAGCUGCCCGCUUUCAACACCCGAAGUUAGUGAUGCAAGGCCAUGUCAGCCCAAAGAUUCCUCCUGAUACUUGGGCACUCCAGUAAGGUAAGGUGCCUCGGACCAAAAGGAGCUUCUGCCAGACUCUCCUAUGAUUCCUCACCAAGAUCGUCAUCACAAGGGGCAGAUAUCCUGAAGGACACACUUUGUCCUUUGAAUCUGUGUGAUCAGUUCAACCUGUUUUCACUAUAUCAAAUUUAAGUCAUAGAAGGAUGCUGGCUGGGGUCCAUGAACGCACAGAGAUUAUAAACCAUCUGGGAAGGAGGAAUCAGUUCAUCUGAAGAGACUAUCAAAGGAAAACGUAAAAGGAACAAAAACAUGGAGCUGCAGCAAGAGGAGGAAAUGGAUGAAGAAGAGGUAAAAGAGAAGACAACCAGGUCUCAACCCCAAAGCAAAAUGAAGGACCGGCUAGCAGAACUUCUGGAGUAUUCCAAGCACUAUGACCAGCAGUUCCCAGAUGGGGACGACGACGUGGGCUCGCCCGACGAGGACAUCGUGUUCGAGACGGACCACAUCCUGGAGUCCUGGUACCGAGACAUCCAGAACCUUCAGAAUGAAAACCAGCAGCUGACGGCCGACGUGAAGCGGCUGGGGAAGCAGAACACCCGCUUCCUCACGUCCAUGCGGCGCCUCAGCAGCAUCAAGCGCGACACCAACUCGAUCGCCAAGGACAUCAAGGCGCGGGGCGAGGCCAUCCACCGCAAGCUGCUCACCAUGAAGAAACUGUGCGAGGAGGCCGAGGCCCAGCACGGCGCGCACUCGGCCGUGGGGCGCAUCUCGAGGGCGCACUACAACGCACUCACUCGCGCUUUCCAGGACGCCAUGCACGAAUACAACCAGGCCGAGAUGAAGCAGUGCGCCAACUGCAAGAUCCGCAUCCAGCGCCAGCUCGAGAUCAUGGGCAAGGACGUCUCGGGUGACCAGAUCGAGGACAUGUUCGAGCAGGGCAAGUGGGACGUGUUCUCCGAGAACCUGCUGGCCGAUGUUAAGGGCGCACGGGCGGCACUCAAUGAGAUCGAAAAUCGCCACCGUGAGCUGCUGCGGCUGGAGAGCCGCAUCCGCGACUUGCAUGAGCUCUUCCUGCAUAUGGCCAGGCUGGUGGAGGAGCAGGCCGAGACGCUGAACGUCAUCGAGUUCAACGUGCUCGAGACCUGUGACUACGUGGGUCAGGCCAAGGCGCAUGUUCGCAAGGCCGUGCAGUACAAGAAAAAGAACCCCUGUCGGACCCUGUGCUGCUGCUGCUGCCCCUGCGUCAACUAGCUGCGGGUGAAGCUACCCCAGCCCUGGGAGCAGGCUGGAAGCACAAGUGGGAAAACCCGCCAAAGGCAAGGCUCAGGGGACUGCUUCUGACCUCAGUCUUUCGAGAGAGAGGAUGCGUGAGGUUCAAGAUUCCAAGCCAGCUGUGCUUGGAAAGAUGUUGAUGCUGUUGAUGUUUCUUCAGUAAGGACAAACUCCUACUUACGUUGUGUGAGGUGAUCAGAUGACACGUUGCACUCUUGCCCUCUUAAGGGAAGCCAAAUAAGGAACUGACGUUUUGACCUCCUGUAGGCAAGGUCUGUGUCCAAAACCAAAGAAAACUCGCGAGGAAGUCAGUUCUGCAUCCCUAGUAGUGUGAACUCAUUAGCAAAACUUAAAUUCCUGCACCUGUCCUAAAACUUCCUUGGAGUCCCUGGCUGGUGCAAACAGUUAACGCUCUGGGCUGCUAACUGAAAGUGCUAACUGAAUGGCUGGAGGUUUGAGUCCACCAGAGGCACCUUGGAAGAAAGGCCUGGCAAUUUACUUAUGAAAAAUCAGCCACUGAAAACCCUAUGUAGCACAGUUCUACUCUGACACACGUGGGGUCGCCAUGAGUCAGAAUUGACUGGAUGGCAACUGGCUUGGUUUUGGCUUUUAAAGCUUCCGUGGUUCUGUUCAAUUUCUAGUGAAAUUGACCUUGGGAAAAACUGUAUCUCCUUCGUUUCUAAUUAUACAUCUUGUUUAUAUUAUGUGAUUCCAGCCUACAAGUAUACCUUUCUGCUUACUUCCUCCUCCCCUUUCCUUAAUCACAUUAAACCCUCAUUAUUUCCUUGACUCUUUAACUAUUAAUAUCUUCUUUUAGAAUAUAUUUUGGGAUUUUUUCCCAAAUAUUUUUAAUCACUGAGUAUUGAAAAAGCACUCAAGUUGAAGUAUGUAUCAGUCACAUUUUAUAUAUUUUUCAUAGAUAAAAAUAAUUUAAAAUUUACCUUUUUACUUGUUUAUUAUAUACACACAUAUGGAAGUGUAAAAUACUAAUAUUCACUAAUGUGCAUACAUGGUAACCAUUUGGUUUAAUUUUAAUUUUGUAAGUGAUAUAUACCAGAAAGAUGGACACUUUUUUUUGGUUAUUGGUGUUGACUUGCUUGUUUUAAACUUAUCUCACUCCAGUUUUUGCAUCUCCAUAGUCCAGUUUCAGUUAAAACUUUAUUUUGAACAACUCUGUGCUGGUUAUGGUGGUAAAGACAGGCGUUGGAGGCUGAAAAGACAUACAGAACUAGAGAUAAUAAAGUCUUGUUCUUGGAAAUAUUACUUUUGCUUUACUGGGGACCAUUCCUUUCAUGUACUGAAAUAGUCAUUUAAAAUAAAAGAAUCUUGUUUUUCAGGAAAGCUUAAUAAACAUUACAUUUUAAAUAUCCUUUAUAUAUAAACGUA